UUUGCUUGCUCGCUUCUUUUUUUUUGACAGCCAGCUGUUGGGUCGUGAAGCAGGACUGACAGCGGCUUCUUUAGUUUCGAGAUGUGUUAGCCGCACGCAGCGCUGUAGUUAGCAUUAGCUCAGGUUAAUAACAGUGGCAGGUGGUCGAGCUGUGCAAAGGACAAUACACUAAUAACAUCUCAAAUGCAGAGUCGGGCAUUAGACAGGCCCGUGAGACAGCUAGCAUCGAGUUUGUUUGUUUAUGUCGUUGCGUGUAGCGGUUGGUAGGUGGUGAAAUUAGCCUGGCCGUUAGUUUGAAGGCUACGGAGCUAACAGGUUCUCCCUCGGGUCGACGCAGGACAAAGGACACAGAAUGGCUGAAGCUGAUGGCAAAUCCACUGUGCUUAACGGUGGUUCUGAAGAUAAAGAGCCUGGAGAGGAUCAACACGAGGAUGGGGGUGCCUCUGGAAGCAAAGAAGGACAAAGACAGUCUUCCUCUCAGGAUGCUCCCAAAGAAACAGGAGAGGUGUCUGGAGACAAGCCUAUGCCAGAUGUGGAAGGAGAGACGGGGGCAAACAGAGAGGGAGAGGAGGAGGAAGACACAGACAGCAUGGAUGGCAGCGGUCUGUACUCUCUGACUGAGGAUGGUGAAAGAGAGAGCGAGGGAGGCAGACGGGAGAGAGCAAAAGAUAAAGAUGGUGGGAAAAGGGCUGCCAGAAAGAGGAAUAGACCUGGCGGCGGCACCAACCACUCCACAAGCUCGGACGACGAUGACGAUGAGGACGAGGACGAGGAGCAGAAAGAUGACGAAGAAGAUGACGAUGAUGACGCCAUGGAGGCAUGGCUGUUAGCGGAGCUUCGUGACCUGAGCCGCCCGGUGUGGCGGGCUGUACCCUCACUGCGCUCCAGGGAGAUCGGCAGGGAGUCGCACCAGUUUGUGAGGCGUGUGUGUGGAGCCCGCGGUCUUGUGCAGAGGCUGGAGCUCCAGGGCCGCCUGGAGAGACACACAGGCUGCGUCAACACGUUGCACUUCAAUCCCUCAGGCACACGCCUGGCCUCAGGCAGCGAUGACCUGCGAGUGGUGAUCUGGGACUGGGCUGUCCGCCGUGCAGAGCUGGAGUUCGACAGCGGCCACAAGAGCAAUGUAUUUCAGGCAAAGUUCCUGCCUCACAGUGGGGACUCCACCUUGGCCAUGUGUGCUCGCGAUGGUCAGAUCAGAGUGGCUGAGCUCUCUGCAACACAGCGCUGCAAGAACACCAAGCGGGUAGCACAGCACAAAGGGGCAGCACACAAGCUGGCUCUCGAGCCAGAUUCCCCAUGCUCCUUUCUGUCUGCCGGAGAGGAUGCCGUUGUGUUUGGUAUUGAUCUGCGUCUAGACCGUCCCGCCAAUAAACUGGUGGUUGUGAAGGAGGGUGAUAAAAAAGUGGGACUCUACACCAUCUUUGUCAACCCAGCAAAGACACAACACUUUGCUGUGGGAGGACGAGAUCAGUAUGUGAGGAUCUACGACCAGAGGAAGAUUAAUGAGAACGAUAACAAUGGCGUGCUGAAAAAGUUCUGUCCUUCACAUCUGGUAUCCAGCGAGUCCAAAACCAACAUAACCUGCCUUGUUUAUAGUCACGAUGGCACAGAGCUCCUGGCCAGUUACAAUGAUGAGGACAUCUACCUGUUUGACUCCAACCACAGCGACGGGGCUGACUACCGCAGGAGAUACAAGGGACACCGCAAUAAUGCUACAGUGAAGGGGGUGAACUUCUAUGGGCCGUGCAGUGAGUUCGUGGUCAGUGGAAGCGAUUGCGGACACAUCUACCUGUGGGACAAAUAUUCCGCUCGCAUUGUCCAGUUUAUGGAGGGAGACAGAGGAGGAGUGGUGAACUGUUUGGAGCCACAUCCCCACCUGCCGGGUAUGGCCACCAGUGGGCUGGACCACGACAUCAAACUGUGGGCCCCCACAGCCGAAAACCCCACAGGACUCAAGGGCCUUAAAGAGGUGAUGAAGAAAAACAAGCGGGAGCGGGAUGAGGACAGCGUGCGCCAUGGCGACCAGUACGACACCCAGCUGCUGUGGUUCCUGAUGAGACACAUGAGGAACAGACGGCCUCCAAGGGCCCGCCGUGAGGGUGCAGAGCCAGACACAGAUGAGUCCUGGAGCUCUCCAGAUUCCUCUGAUGAAGAGGAAGGAGGUCCAGACCAUGUCCAGUGCAUGUCCUCCUGAGCAACACACACACACACACACACACACACACACACACACACACAUGCAUACACACUUUAUUGCCCUUGAAUUGAUGCACAUAGGCAAGCACUAUUGACACACUGGCACACUCAAACACUUACGAGCCACAGACUUGUUUUUUCUUUUAGUUUUUUUUUUGACACACAUACAAACUCAAACAGAUAAACACACACAUAUACUUAAACAUAGUUUUGAAGCAGAGUGACAGAGAUGCUUAACGCCUGGUUUCCCAGCAUUUGUGAGUGUGCAAAUGGUGCGACUACAGACUGCGUACACACUUCCAGAAUCCUGAUUUUUGAGAAUUGUACAGAGAGGUUUAGCGAGUGCUUUACAUCCCUAUAAACCACUCGGAGGCCCUUGCUUGUCCAUACAUAAUCUAAUAUGCUCUGCCUAACCCUCAGAACUACGUACUGUGCGUGUAUGGCAACAAGCACCUCCUCUUUAAGCGCCCUGUAGGAAGCUAUACAUCACCAGCACACAACCUCCCCCUCUCUCUUAGUAACACACCUCUUGCUCUGGAGCUUUCUGUGCUGAAGAACGAGGGGUUCAGCAGAGAGGACGGGUGUAGAACGGUUCCCUCAAACUCAUCCCCUAAAUGUGACUUCCUUUAAGAUUUGAACUCGUGGAGGGGAAACCCUGGUGGCCCCUCGCUGUAUCGCCACAGUCUCAUACUCAUUUCUGGCCCUGAGAUUGUGCAGCUAGUUGCAUUUUUCUCUCCGAGGACUACUAAAAUCCCUUACAUGCUGCAUCAACCUACAUGCUGCCCCUCGGCUACCCCCCCUCCUCCUCCCUCGGUCAAACCCCCCCCCCCCCCCCCGACUGCUGAGUGCACUUUGAAUCAGGGAUGCUUUAGUUUGAGACACAGACAAAUUGUGCACUGCGUAUGUGGUUUUUCAGGGGGAAAGUGCUGUUGUCUCGUCUUGGAAAACCCACAGUGAAGUUUAGUUUAAUUCUUAUAAUUUUUUUAGUGUUUGGGGGAGUUUGCACUUGAGCAUUUUUCGACAGAGGAGGAGUUUCUUUUGCUUCCACCAGCCUGUCCUGUUCCUUCCUCUUCUUCCUUCCUCUACUUUUCACCCUGACACCCAUCUUUGAAUGGGAAAACUUCAGUUCACCUCUCAUGAAAACACAGAGGAGGAUGGUGAUCAGCAUGUGCAUAUAAGGACUGAUGCUGGGCUCUGUUGGGGAACUGCGCAAUUUUAUUUUUGAGAAGCCAGAACCGACCUGGAUCAAACCAGAGUUCAAAAGACUGCCCAUGUGCCAAUGAAGAUUGGACUCAUAAAGGACUCCACUCAUUCAUGUGGUUCCUUUUUAAAAUCUGUCUGUGAUGCUGACAGUCUCGGAUCACUUGCGGGCUAAACAUUUUCAGUUUAUUUGAACCAGGUCAUAUGUUGGCAGCCAGAGCACCACUCGUGGGGCAACUUCUGUUUGUGCUGUCCGAACACUGGCUCAAAGAGGAGGACAGAGGGAGCGGUAGGGUCAAUAUGCUUGCCAGUCAUUUGUUGUGUGAGAGCGAUAAAGUCCAGCUUUUCUCAUUUUCUAUGAGAACUCUAGUUAGUUGAAUUUAUAUGUACAUAUAUAAAUAUAUAUUAAAACUGUAAAAAAAAAAAAAAAAAUCAACUUUAGCAAAUGCUGUUUGACUUCCAAAAAAAAAAAAAAGAUGUCAAAACAUUUGAUUGGUAUUGAUGCAGAGUUUAUAUUCUAUAUGAGGACAAAGUACUUUUAAAUCCAGAGAAAAAAAAACAAUGUCGACUUGGGGCACCACUUUUGUUCAGUUUUCCCUUUUAUGAAUGACAUGUCUCUGUUAUGAACAGAACCGCUAUCAAGUAUUCAAGUUUAAGUAUUAAAGUUUUUGAUUCUCUUUCUUGUUCCAGAAGAAACAAAAUGUAUUUCCUUUCUAGAUCAUAAUCCAUCAUUUGAGACCGUUGUAUUCAGAUUUUCCCACUGGUUAUUUUUGGCAUCUUGUAUACAUAAUAAGGCUUUUGAUGAACAAUUUCUUUUCCACCACUGCCUAAUACUGCGUUCCACCAGGUCAGUUGGAAACAUGUACGAUUCGUGCAAUAAACAAAAGGACAGUGCAUUUGAUGUUCUUGUCAUUC